AUGUCACAAUCGAGCACCAUCAGAAAGCGCGCCUCUUUGGCUUGCCAAGCGUGCCGCUCACGUAAAGUCCGCUGUGACGUCGCUCGACGGCCCAGUGGCACCCCCUGUGGGAACUGCCUCUGGAAGAAUCUAGAUUGUGUCAUUCCACUAAAUCGUAGGCUAAGGCCCAAUUUCUGGCAACGCAAGGCCAAGCAGGCUCAAGCAAAGGCAGACAUGUCUUCUGGCCAUCCAUUGGGCGCCGCGCUUGGCAUGCUGCCUACACCCUCCUCUAGUGAUGCUGAUGAUGUCUUUGGCGAUUCCAUGAACAAGCGAUUUUCGACCGACAAUCUGAGCACGCUGAUGGAUGUUCCGAGGGUCGAGAUGAGCGAAUCCAGCUUCUUUACCGACUUUGAACAGAUACCCGAAUAUGGCAAUUCACCUUUUGGUGACACACUAAACGCGACGUAUCUCUCCCCGCCAGAUUCCUUCCCCGAGGAAGACUUCACCCUCUAUCCAACGCAAUUCCCUCCUUACAUUCGCCCGUUACCGCCGAACGUGAAUCAAGAUGAAUCGGACUACUUGAGACUAAAAGGUGCUUUCGAUCUGCCGCCGUGGCCGGUACAAAAACCCCUCUUGCAGGCCUUUAUCGAAUACGUCCAUCCUCGAUUCCCCAUGCUCGAAACAACAAGCUUGAUAAACCUUCUAGACGAGCGGAAAUGUGAAGAGCCUAUCAGCCUGCUCCUCUACCAAGCUGUUUUAUAUUCUGGUGCCGUAUUCGUCGACAUGGACUUUCUUUUCCGUGCAGGCUAUUCUACGCGUAACGACGCAAGGAAGAACCUCUGCGAAAAGAUCAAGCUGCUAUACACGUUUGACUGUGAACUGGACCGUCUAUCCAUUGUCCAGUCGCUACUCCUCCUAGCGUCGUGGUAUGAGGCCUCUGAAGACCUCAAGGACUGCUGGCAUUGGUCAGGCGUAGCAAUUUCUCUGGCGCAAAGCUUCGGGUUGCACCGAAAUUCGGAAGACUUGUAUUUUGGCCUGAGUUCUUCUCCAUUACCCGAAGAGGCACUCUCUUCCCGUAAAAGGGCAUGGAAACGCACUUGGUGGUGCUGCUUCAUGUACGACCGCCUCCUCGCGCUCGGCCUGCGCUACCCAACGCGUAUCGCCGAUGAGGACUUCGACGUGCCGAUGCUCACUGAGGAUGAUUUUGAACCCAUUCAGUACGACAUCCCAGCCAGCUUCCAGCAGGAUCUGGUGUCGAUCUGCCUGGCCAGAGCCCAGCUCUGCAGGUUUAUUGGACGCGUGCUUGAUGCCCAGUACUCGACGCUCCUCAAUCACGAGACGUCCGACCACACAAACUAUAGAGUUGCACUAGUGUGCCCCAAGAAGAACUUUGACAACAUUGACGCCGUCAGCAGCCUCUACCUGGAACUCUCUGAGUGGGCAGAGUCGCUUCCCGAGGCUUGCCGGCACAAGCAGCAGCCAUGCCGGCUGGACGUGAAUGCCGGCCAGGGCUCCGUAAUCAUCCAGCGCGUGAUGCUGCAGAUGGAGUACCAGGCGCUGAUAUCGGCCCUGUACAGGCCUCUGUACGAUAUCAAGCUCACGCCGGGAGAUUUCGUCCAGUCCCAGGCUCAGCACACGGCCAGGGUCUGCGUGCAAAACUCCGCAACCACAAUCACGAGACUGUUGCGGGAUCUGAAGGGUGUCCGUCUGUGUCGGUAUCUCUCGAAUACGUGCAUCAGCAUUAUUCUGCCGACGUCCAUCGUUCACCUAAAUAGCAUGGGAAACCCGUCCUUGGAAGUCCGCAAAGUCGCCCGCAGGGAGUUCAAUCUGUGCAUUUCCGCGCUCGGUUGCCUGCGAGGUCGGAAUACUGAGGCGGAAAGGGCGAGGACUUUCCUGGCUGGGAUCAUUGGGAGCAAUAGGCUCGUCUCAUGA